AUAAUAUUGACCCAUGACCCAUCUUCCAUCUACCAUUUUAAAGGAGAGGGUCAUGAGCGAAGCUACGACGGUGCCGACUGUGCCACCUGACAAGGGAGUGUGGGCUAGGAAAUCAUUUGCAGAAGUUCUUGUGGGUGGAUCUGAUACCACAAUGUUUCAAAGGCUUACCUGCGGUUACUUUUCCAGAGGCCAAAAUUCAGGAUUUAGGCAUUUAGCUGCUCGACACAACUACACAAGAUUACUUUAUCUAUUAUACGUCAUUCCUUUGAACUGAUUGGUUUUAAAGGAAAAUUCCAUCUUGGAUUAUUGGAUCCUAAGCAUAUUUUAAUUCGAUUUGAUUCAGAACUAUCUCCGAUGUUGGAAUAGGCAAUCAUGGUCUAUCCGUGGCAGUUUAAUGAGGAUUACUAUAUGGACACCGGAAUUCCGACGUAAUGUGGAAUCCCCCCUUGUCCCGGUCUGAAUUGCGCUUGAAGGGUUACCCAUCCACGUUCAUGACAAACGAGCAUAUUUUGAUAUAGCAGGCUUAAUUGGCAAACCCUUAAAAGUUGAAGCUGCAACAUCAAAUCUUUCAAGGCCUUCACUUGCCCCUAUUUGUGUUGAGUUGGAUCUAACUCAAGAGAAUCCUCAAAAGGUAUGGUUGCAGUGUGGGUCUCAUGGUUUUGUUCAACACAUUAUUUACGAGGAUAAGACAGAGUACUGUAAAUCAAACCUAUAUUUAGGACAUUCCAGCCAUACAUGUCCUAAACUUAUCAAGUCUCAACCAUCAGCUUCUAAAAGUGAGCCUAAAAGUGUUGCUGUGAAAGAACCUAAUACUAUUAAGCAUCUCGAGACUAAUAAAGAGAAAUGGGGUGUGAAACAUAACCCACAUACUCUGCUAAUUACAAAUGGGGACAAACCGACAAAGGGAAAGAGGUGUUAGAAGAUGCUAGUUAUAAAAUUACAGAGUUAGAUCAUGGGCAGCCUUCUACAUCCAAAGCUGGAGAAGAAUAUGUUGAGAUCCAGGAUGGUACAGAUACAGAGGAAGUCUACCAUGAUCCUGAGCCAGAACCUGCAAAACAAAACAAUCAAAAUGCAAGAAGUUGGGUGGCUAAGGAAUUGGCUGAUAUGCCACUUAGUCUAAGCAGAAAAGAAGGCAUUUUUGUGGAUGACGCACAUAUACAAUUCCUACAUGAAGAAUUAGAACAUGAUCCAGAAUUGUUAGCUAAAGACUAUUACCCUGAUGGGGGGAAGCCCAGGCAGCGGGAAGACCUUGAACCUGAAAACUUGCACUUCCUGAAAUACUAAAAAAGGUUGAAUAUGUGGUUAAACAAAAGGAAAAGCAGAAAAUACAGGAUAAUACUCAACAGGAGGAAGGGGAUGAAUUUAUUUUGGUUACCAGAAAGAGAGGUAGGAAGAAUAAGGUCCUAGAUAUGCCAGAGAUGCCAGCCAGACCAACAAGAAGCACUGCCAGAAAAUUGGCAAACUCUGAGACCCAUAAGACUUCAGCCGACAGGCUCUCUCAAGCUAUAUCUACCCCAAUUUUUAAAUGAAUUGCCUUUUUUGGAACAUAAGGGGCCUAGAAUCUUCCUCAUCUAGGCUUUUUUCCCUUAUUCAACAAUGGAGGAUUAAUUUAGUAGCUGUGAUCGAACCAAUUGUGGAUUCUACAAAAGCUGAUAGCUAUAAACAUAAACAUGGUUUGAAUGCUGUUUUGUUUUCCCCUAACACUAAGAUAUGGAAUAUUUGGGACCCCAAUUCUCUCAUUAUUCUUGAUACUGUUUGGCAUACUCAAUUUGUUCCGAUAAAAGUUAAAAAGGAGGAUUUUUCAUGGUGGAUCACUUUUAUCUAUGGAAAUCACUGUUAUAUCUCAAGAAGAUAUCUGUGAGAGUCUCUAAAAUCUUUCUCUGAUAAAAAUACUGAACCACGGUUUAUUGUUGGAGACUUUAAUACUAUAGCUGAGCACAGUGAACAUAAAGGGGCUGCCUGUUGUGGACUACUUUUGGGGCCACACUUAUAAACGACGCAUAAAUGGUCCAAAGGCCGAAGAGUCAACAAUUGAAAGUGGAUGAAGUUGGGAAUAAGGAUAUAGUUUCCUAAUUCUAGUUAGUUUCCUAGUUCUAGUAUAUUUCCUUAUUCUAGUUACUUUAUAUGGUUGAAUUGAGAAACAAGAAUACUGUUUCUUAAUUCUUAUAAGUCCUGAUUCUAGUUUUAUUUCUAGUUUUAUUUCUAAUUCUUGUUUCCUUUCCUAUUUAAAACUCUAAGCAGCCUCUCUAUAUAAAGGGUUUUUUGUUAUGGAAUAAAGUACGUUUUUGGAGAAUUAAUUUGUGCGUCUUGACAAGGUCGGGCGCCGAUUAAUUUAACAAGAAUAGC